UUGUUAUUCAUAGCUAAAAGAAAGGGGAAGUAUGUCAGACACACUUGAGAGCUUAGAAACUUGCUACGCGAGGCUACAUUUUCUAAAUCAUGGGCAAACUGUCUGUCUUUUUGUUUGCUCUUUCCUUUUGCACCAUUGUCAACUCAGGUUCAGGAUCACAUUCUCUGUGGGCACUUGCAACAUACAUCAUCGGAGAGACGCCUUUCCCUGAGUUUACGGUUGUGGGGAUGUUGGAUGAUGUUCAAGUGACUUACUAUGACUCCAACAUGAAACACUUCAUCUACAGGGGUCAUAACACCUCAGACAAAAUACAUGAUGACGAAGCUAAGAACGCAGAUUUUGUAUUUGGAGUUAUGUACCACCACAUGAAGGAGAGAUACUUUCACCUAAAGCACCACUUGAAUCUCACGGAAGGUGUUCAAGUUCAGCAAAGAAUGGCUGGCUGUGAGAUGUUGGACAAUGGUAAACCAGCCCUGAUCAUGACAAAGAACACUUUCAAUGCAGUUUUUGUAGAUCAUGCAAUAUAUUACAACAUGACACAUUUUACAUAUGAUGCUGGUAAACUACUUCAAGGAUGGGAUGGGAUGAGGCAAUUACAGGAAAAAAUUCUUUAUGAGAACGUUUUACUUACCCUUUGCAUCAGAACACUGAAGACACUCCUGUCUCGAGAGAAGAACGCUGUGAUGCGUAAAGUUCCUCCCAGACUCAGGUUGAUAAAGAAAGAGGUUUCUGGAGGGGUUCAGGUGAGCUGCCUGGCGUUUGGUUUCUACCCCCGCCACAUCAACAUGACCCUGCUGAGAGACGGCCAGCCAGUGGCAGAACAGGAGCUGACAGGGGGGGAGGUGCUGCCUAGUGGAGAUGGGACCUACCAGCUGAGGAAGAGUCUGGAGGUCAGUACUGAGGAGCUAAAGAAGAGACACAACUACACCUGUACUGCCUCUCACCUCAGUCUGGACAACAAGCUGGAUGUCAGUUGGGAGUCUGGGGCAGAGAGAGUUCACCUAUCCACCCUCUCAGUUCUACUGGUGAUGCUGCUGGUUGUUAUUCUAUUGGGCAUUUUCAUUUGUGUCAAAAGGAGGUGGAGUAACACUGCCUCCCAGUCUAAACUUGCCAACGUUGAUGCAACAGUGUCAGAGGAAAUGAACCUUUCUUCAGAUUCUGAGACCUGAUACAUUUUUGGGACACUGAUGCACCUUUGUCGAUUCAGCUCAAAUCACAAUAAUGGGAAUUGAUGGGAAAUGUUGUAAAUAUAUCACUAGCCACUUUAAACAAUGCUACCUUAUAUAAUGUUACUUACCCUACAUUAUUCAUCUCAUAUGCAUACCCAUAUACUGUACUCUAUAUCAUCGACUGCAUCCUUAUGUAAUACAUGUAUCACUUGCCACUUUAACUAUGCCACUUUGUUUACAUACUCAUCUCACAUGUAUAUACUGUACUCGAUACCAUCUACUGUAUCUUGCCUAUGCUGCUCUGUACCAUCACUCAUUCAUAUAUCCUUAUGUACAUAUUCUUUAUCCCCUUACACUGUGUAUAAGACAGUAGAUUAGGAAUUGUUAGUUAGAUUACUUGUUGGUUAUUACUGCAUUGUCGGAACUAGAAGCACAAGCAUUUCGCUACACUCGCAUUAACAUCUGCUAACCAUGUGUAUGUGACAAAUACAAUUUGAUUUGAUUUGCUGCAAUAAAAGUAUGACUGCCAGAGCACCUAUCAGAGCA